AUGAUGCGCAGUGCGUCCCACCUGGCGGCUCGCACCAUCCGCCUCCCUGCGACGUCGUGUGCCACGACUGUGACACUGCUGUCACCACGCCGCUUUUUUGGGUCCAAGUACAGCGACGAUCUUGGCAACUACAAGCGUUCCUACACGUGUGAGAGCCGCAGCGCUGCUCACCGUCACCCAACGCGUAAGGAGAUGCUGCAAGGGCAGCGGACCGCUGCAGGUGCUGCUGCUGCCUCCACUAACUCAGCAAACACCACAACAGAGUUUGUGAAGGACAAUGCGUUUACUGAGGAGUCGGAGCCAGAAGAACCCGUGCAGCGCUGCAAGAACAAGUACCAGGAUCUCUUCAAGAAGAAGUCAGACCAGCGCAUCUCCUUCACAAGCAAUUUCCGUGAACCCGACAUGAAGCCCAUCUUAAAUGCAGCCGAUGUGGCGCCGCCUCCAGGCGCCGCGCGGCGGCACUCUUCCGCCAUCGCUUCUGUGGACAUGGAUGGCACGGAUGUGACUCGUAUCUACAGCAAAGAAGAGGUCCGCAGCCUACAGCAAAAGGAGAACGCGGCUGCAGGUGCGGCCACGAAAGCGCAGGCGUCUAGUGGUGCACUGGGCGGCAUCUCGCCCGCAUCAGAAACAGCGCAGCGCACGGCAGCAAAGGAGAUGGAGGCCCAAGCACUGGAGGACGACGAGGAUGAGUUUGCCGAAAUCCGCAGCCACCCGUUCUUCAUGGACAUGCUACGCCGAGUGGAGCGCAACAUGAUCCGUUUCCGCAAGGAGACGCGUGCCUCAGGGCGGUACAGUCUAGAGGCUGUCAACGAGUGUGUGCGGCCGUUGCUACAGCUCACGGACUACCCUCUCACGGCCAGGCAGCUGUCACACCUCUCCCGCAGCAUCAGCCCAGCAGUGCUGAAGAGCUCGUUGCGCGACAGGGCUGCGUGCACGAAUCUACAGCUCUACCGCUCGCACGACACGGAUUUACUGCUUGACUGGUCUAAAGAAGAUUUUCUUCGCCGCCGCUACGAGAGCGUGCACUUGUCGUGGGAGCCAAUGGAUGUGAUUUGCCGCCGCUUUGGCUGGACGCCGGAGAUGAUGUCAGACCGUGACUACCUCUUGUACUUCUCGGCCUUUCCCGAGUACGUUGAAAUGGCCGAGAUGCAGACCACCGGGAAGGGGGAGCCAAAGGCGAUCUCAAUCGAUGACCCUGUGGCGCGCGCUGCGAACGACCCUAUCCCACCUAGCCGCCUGCUACUCCGCCGCAAGGCUUCCGUGGACGCUGAGCCGUCCCUCACGGAGUCCAUCCGACUAAUGGGCAGUCCCGCUAUGGCGACACCGGCGAAGGGAAAGAAGGCGCAGCGGAUGCGCCAGCACAGCGGCGACUCAGUGGCCGAUUAUUUCGGUGCGGUCGAGGCGACCGCGAGUGCUAUUGACGGAGACGAAACGGUGAAGCUGCAGCAUGCUGCCGACAACGUUCCGCCGCUGCGCCAGGCAAGCCAUCCCGGAGGCCGUACGAUUCGUGAGUUCUCUAUUCCAAAGUCGCACACCGCCGAGGCGCCAGGGACACCUCCUGCGAUUCCAAGCGAAGCCAAGUUUGACCAAAAGAGGUUCGAGGAGCUCUCCAGCGCAUACCACAACAUUAAGGUGGAGAACUCGCUGCUGCGACGCCGCAUGCUCGGAACGGACAGCGUUGACAAGGCGCAGGAGAUGCAGAGCCAACUGGCGAGUGGCCGCUGCGAGCAGCUGCGGCUAGAGCAGGAGCUGGAGCGCAUGCGCGAGUUGAAGCGAAACACGCCGGCCUCUAAGAAUGGCCCAAACUUUGCCGUGCCGCGCGGGCAGCCACAGUACCCGGAGGCGCCGGAGCACACGACGGCGUAUUCAAAAAACGGGAGUGCCGUCGAGGACUUUGAUGACGACGAGAUCGAGCAGGCCUUGAAGGAGUUCAAGGAGAACGAAGCACUGCGAAUGAUAGAGAGGCGACCAGUGGCAAGUGCUGCGCGGUCGGCCCCUUCGUCAUCUCCUGAUCACACCAUCGUCACUGCCACCUCUGCUGACGCUGUCGCAGAUGACGGCAGUGAGGAGGUGGAGGAGGUGGAGGAGGUGAUCGAGGUGGUAGAGGAUGAGGAUGGAGACCUGGUGGCGUCCAGCGAUGCGGUGACGAUGGGGCCGCAUACCGAUGCCCAGGACGACGUUCUGACCGCAGAGAGCGAGGUGGAUGACUCAGUCGAUGUACACGACGGUGCAUCCGCGGAUGCAGCGGCGAAUGAGUUACCAAAGGGGGGUAGUCAACCUUGGCAGAAUGAGCUCUCAGCCGCGGUGGAGCAGCACGAAGCCGAGGUGGAGGAACACGAGGAUGACCUCAUGGCUGCCUUCAGCGACACUCCUGCGACCACCCCUGCCUCUCGCUUAGAGCAGCUUGCUUCCCUGCACGAUCGACUGUCCUCGGCGGCGGACCGUGCCCGUCGUUACGUUGCCACGGUCCAAACCCGUCGGCACGAUGUAUUGAAGAGACUGGACUGCCAGCUGGCGGAUGCCAACACGAAGGUGGAACAGCUGGAGGAUCAGCUUGCCGCAGUCCAAGAAGAGCAGGCCACGUUGCGUGACACACUGGCUCGCGAGGAGGCGGAGCGCAAGGCUCUCGAGGUAGAGGCCCAGCUGAGGGCGCAGCGGGAGAAGCGCUUAGCCGAACUGGAGCAGCAGCGGGAGCGCGCCCGCCUCGCGCAGGAGGCAGCGGCGAGGGCACUGGAGCGCCAGAAGAAGGCCGAACGCGAGGCACUUGCGAUGGAGGAGGAGCUGCAGCGCAAGCUGAGGGAGGUGCAGUCGAAGCUGCGCUCUCUGCACAACAGUGACUCAACUGCCCACAACUCCGCUGCCUUGGGCACCUCUCACGCCGCGGCAGCCGAAGAACUGGAGGCGGAGGAGGUUGCCGAAGAGAAUUCCACGGUGGCUGCUCGGGCAGCGACUCCUCCUGCGUACUCCCGCACGCCCGAGUCGAUAGGGCGCGUCGCAGCCCCUCUGCGUGCUGAAAUAACGGAAGAGACGCCGAACGCUGUGGAGAGCGUCGCGGACACAUCCGCCUCUCCAGUAUCGGCUGCUCAGUUCAUGUGCACACCGGAGCAGUACGAUGGUCUGCACUUGGCGGCGGAGCGCCUGAAGAAGGAAAUUGCCGCAUUGGAGUCCCAGAUGGAAGAGGCGGGUGACGAAGACGAUGAGACGCUGAUGGCUGUCCUUGCUGCGUCGCGCUCUGAUCUCGAAGAACUGGAGGAGUGCAUCGCCUCUGUGCAGGCAAACGCACCGUGGGCUGCCGCCAGCGACGCAAAGCGCGCGCGCGAGCACGUCUUGUCUGCUGAGGUGGCCAACACAGACGCGCACAGGUUGCAGAGCAGCAUCGACAACCACCGCUUCGAGAUCUCACUCUUAGAGAAGCGUCUGCAGCACGCCUCGAAGAAGGCGGUGAUCACGAAGCUGAAGGAUCGUAUUACGCAGGCUCGCAAGUCCAUUAAACAUCUGCGCAUAGAGCAGGAUCGUUUGCGUCGCUCUGGCCGUGACUCCAUGGGGCUUCCUCCGUCGAUGAGCAUUGCGGAGACGCUUGCGCAUGAGUUGAAGGAUGAGGAAGAGGUGAAGCUGGCAGAGGAGGUCUGCAAGGCUGCGUCAGAGGAUCACGGUGGGGCUUCAGUAACCACGAAGAGGCCGAGCUUGGACUCGGAUGCUCGGAGCAUGGACGAUGAUGAGUCUUACGAUGCCGUUGCGGAUGCCACAUCGCGUGAUUGCGUGGAAGAGUCAAGGUCCAUGGCGAACGCGCCCGCACCGUCAACGCUCAACUCGGAUGCUGAGAAGCUGCGCCUUCGACUCGACAGCAUGGUGAAGGAGAUCCAGCACCUUCAAGACAGCAUUGAGGUGCAGGAGCGCACCACCGACUACGAUGACGACGAGACGGAGGUGGUACUACGUGAGAUGAAGGACAAGCUGAGCCAGCUUCUCCGUCUGCGCGACCAAGUGCAUCGCUCCUUAGUGGAGGAGUCGUUGAACGGCCCCGCCACCGCUGGUGGGUCCACCCCCAUCAUCCGUUCAGCUUCAACUGCCGCUGCAGCUCCGCCGAUAGUCGACCGAGGCAGCGCCACCGUCCAUAGCGGCCCCUCGACCUCUAAGCACGGAAAACUCGACCAGGUGCCAAUGGCAUCCAAAAAGAUCCGCACCACCGCCCGCAGCUUUCCGACACAGCGUCGCCUCUAG